AUCAUCUGUGCCAUCGUUAUAAUCUCCGUUAUCAACCUCGUCGUUAAUACCAUCAGUACCGUUGUCCGAGCCAUCAUCUGCGCCGUCGUUAUAUUCUCCGUCAUCGCCCUUGAUGUCACCAGUAUCCUCGUCGCCUCCCUCGGAGCUGCCAUUGGAGUCUACAUUCGAUCCUCCUCCAAUGUUCACGCACUUCCCCUUACCGAAGGCAUCAAAGCCAAGGUUAAAGCUGCCCCGAAUGUCGGCAACAGCCGCGAGGAAACCACUGAAAUCAGCAUCAGCGCUGAUAGGUCCAACCUCAACCUUGGCAUUCGCCGAAACUCCCAAAAGUGCAUCAAUGAUCAAUCCAGCUGAGCCCUGCACCUUUAGCACCGCAUCGGUGAUGGGUCCGCAAACACCAAUCUGGGCUAUGAUCUCCUUCUUAGCGAUGAGGUCUCCAAUGAGGGAUCCACAUGCGCCCUCGAAUGGCGCGAUGAACCCCUGCAGUGCAACGAGGUCUACGGCGGUAAGAUCGCCGGCUCCCUGGAUGCUGCCAGCGGCGUUCUUGAGCGCCAAGUCAAGAGAACCGAACGCAUCGACGGAAACUCCGACCUCAGCACUGUCUUUGAGGCCCAGGAUGGCGCCAUGGCAGGCCGAGAUCUGGGCGUUGCAGGAGUCGAUGGCAUCGGUGAUUAUGCCGACUCCGGCUGAGACGCCGAGGCCACCUUUGCCGAAUGUGCGCUUGUCGUGAGUAGAAGCAUUGGCUGUGGCCCCGAAGGCUAGGGAAAGAAUGGCAAGGAAUUUCAUUAUGAAUUGUUCAAU